AAGUCUGUAAGGAGCGACAGAGCUGCAGCAAUGUCGUCAGACCCCGACGAGGCCAUCGUGAUUCUGAACUGCAUAAACCCUCACCAUUCGGAAGCGGAGACCACACUCCAAGAGAUUCUGAUUUCCACUGCAGAGGUGUCGGCCUGGGAUCUCCCCACAAUCCUCGCUUGCCCGAUCGUCAAAAUUCAAUCAGAUCGUAGCAGGCUCAUAGAACAAUCUUCUUAUUUCCGUGGCCUCCUCAGCGGCAGCUUUAGUGAAUCAUGCUUGGACUGUAUCUCAAUUCAGUGGGAGCUGGAAACAUUCAUAAAUGUUUUGAAGUUUAUGUAUGACUGUCAGAUGGAUGUCACAACUGAUAAUUUCCUUCUGCUUUUUGAGGGUGCACUAUUUUUUGGAGUGGAGAAGCUUCUCUCUAAAUGCAAGGCUUGGUUCCGUGAAAUAACUUCAACCAAGGGGCUUUGCUCACUGCAAAUACAGUUGGAUGAUUUGAUUCAUAUUUGGAAAUUUGGUUUAGAGCAUGCAAAUGAUUUUAUUCCAGAACUAUGUACGGGUUAUCUCGCACGAAAUUUUAUGCUGGCAAUUUCCUCAAAUUCUUUUGGCAAUGUUCCAUACAAAUUGUUAUUUUCGUGUAUGAAGCACCCUCAUUUGACGGUUGACAGUGAGAAGCAUCUUUGUGAGGCAAUUCUAGUUUGGAUAGCCGCUAACAGACAAUGUUUGGAAGAUGAUUGCACUAACAUUCUAAAACAGAUCCAUAUUGGUCUUUUGCCCCUGUAUUUUUCUGCUGGGAAAAGAAGGUGCCGCUAUUUUUCUAAGUUUGCUGAUGAAAGCAUUGAUACAAUUCUUAGUCUAACAAAACACCCUUCUGUUAGUUCCCUAAAUGACUUUGGAGAUGGGGUUCUGCGUCUCAGAAUUCGAUUGACAGAAUACAGUAAGAAGCUAGACCUUUCUGGUUGUCCGCAGAUAAUACCAGGGAUCCUGCUCCUAUCUGUGCUUCCAUUUUCUUAUACUACUGAUCCCUUGUUGAGGAAGAGGACACAACUGUCUCACAUGAACUUUGAACGUCUUGAUAGGGGUCAGAAUCCAGUCUCAAAGAGUUCAUUCCCAAUUUUGUCUUUUGCAACAGUACAAGAAAUGGAUAUUUCCAACUGUCCAAGGUUACAUCUUGAAGCUGCCAUUGAGUGCUUCUGCAAGUCAUUUCCUUCAUUGCAGAUACUGAAAGCUGCUUACUUUUUGAACUUCAAGAUAACUUCUUUGCAUCAGUUAUUGCAAAAAUUUCCUAUGCUUGUUGAAGUUGAUUUGACUGUUGAUAUAAGUCCAGUUAUUCCAGCUCAAGUAUCGGUUCUAUCAUCGAGUGGAUCAAGAAUGCCAAAAGUAUCAGAAAAUUUUCUAAGCAAUGAGGAUUAUCCUUUAGAAUUUAGAUCAUUUUCAUUGUCAGGACCCUCGUCAUCAAACAUUACAAAACUCACGCUGGAAGGCCGAAGUGAUAUCAGUGAUUCAGAUCUCCAGAAUAUCUCAGAACUCUGUGUUUCUUUACACUACCUGAACCUCAAAGGGUGUAUUUCAGUAACAGAUGUUGGCAUAUCAAUUCUUAUAAAGAGUUGUAUAAAGCUACACUCUAUUGUCGUUUGUGAUACUUCUUUUGGGAGGAAUUCAGUUCUGGCUCUUUGCUCUGAUAUUCCUAAUUUUCCUGCCGAACAUUUUGAAAGGAAGCAUGCUAGUUGGUCGGCCUUUAAACUUCAAACACUGCAUAUGGGUGGUUGCAAGGGAGUUGAUGAGACAUCUUUGCAGAAGCUUUUGUCGCAGACAAGCAUGCUGAAGAGUAUUUGCCUGAUGGGGACUCACCUUGUUGAUGGUGCUCUUUUAAGUUUCUUGGGUUCUUCCUUGGAGAUGCUUGAUGUUUCUGAUACAAUGGUUUCUGGUGCUGCGUUAUAUCAUGUUGUCAGACAGAAUCCUGCUCUGAAACACUUGAAAGCAAGGGGCUGUAAAAACUUGUGUGAACAAAAAAGUGAAGGGUCUUGCUACCCACAUUCCUUUAAAGAAAUGUAUUUGGAGUUAGGCAAGACAUGCAAAUUGGAAGAAAUUGCACUUGGAUGGGGAUUUUCUUAUCUCUCUCUUGAAGCUCUCAAGCCCGCUAUUGAAUCCCUGAGGGCAAUAACUGUUGGUCUAGGUGGAUCAUUAGGCCACGAUGCUCUGAUACUCCUCCCUUCAAUAUGUCCUUUGCUAGAAUCAGUGAUUCUUUAUUUUCAGGUAAUAUCUGAUAGAAUUGUGAAGAACUUGAUGGAAUCUUUAAGGCACUUAAAAGUUCUCUCUCUCUGUUACUGCAUUGGUGAUAUAUCUUCAUUAAGCUUGAUAUUCUGUAUGCCAAAUUUGAGGAAAUUGAAGCUGGAGAGGGUAACCCCAUGGAUGACCAAUGACGAUUUGGUUCUUCUGAGCAAGAGCUGUGCAAAUCUAACGGAACUAUCCUUGUUAGGAUGCACUCUUCUCAAUUCAGAUUCUCAAUGCAUCAUUUCACAUGGAUGGCCAGGCUUGAUUUCCAUCAGUCUAGAGAACUGUGGACAAAUAACAGCAAAUGGUGUUGCUUCUCUUCUUGACUGCAAAGCUCUUGAAGACCUCUUGCUGCGCCACAAUGGCCCUGGGAUUCAUAGAAACUUUAUUCUUGAUGCUGCUUUGAAGAUGCCAAUGCUUCGGAAGAUAUCUUUAGAUUUGUGCGAUGCAAGUGAAGGUGACUUUGAGCUUCCUAAUUUUGCUGACAGAUACUUCUUAAGUACCAUAAAAAUAGCAAGAUGCAAGCAGAAGUGCAGUGUAGACCCCUUAAAUUUGGAGCCCCGUAGAAGGCCAGUACACAAGGAGACAUUAGUACUGGUGUGGAACAGCAAAAAUCUCAUUAGAACAGUGGUGAAGGAAAGAGUCUAGCAUUUGAUGGGGCUAUGGUGAAGUGAAUGUUGCAUUACUCAUCAGAUUACAUGGGCUGAAAGUGAAGUAAAUCUUGCAUUAUUUAUCAGAUGUUGCAAGCUAAAUGGGCCACAAAUUUGCUUCCCGUGAUUGCAUGAACAAUAGAAGCCAAACCUAUUUCUCGAACAUGACAUCGGAUCUGUUAAUGAUCUGCAAGCCCUUAACUAUUCCAUCAGACAAUCUAUCUCUAUUACAGUCUGUCACUCCAUAAUAGACUUAAUUCCUGGUGAAAUACUGUUGCACAUGGUGUAGGAACCCAGUGUGCCACCAAUUUGAAGUGAACUCUAUUUGAAGAGUUGCAGAUAUGCGGUUGUACAUUGUAUUUGAUAUUACUGUUUUUCCAAACACAUUGCAGAGAUUUUGGCAUCUGCAUAAUGUAAUGUUGUUGCAGCACAAUGUAAAGCAAGUUUUAACACAGUGAAAUUGUACAUUGGCAUUGAGCUUGUA